UUGGCGCAUUUAAGUUGUGAAGAACUCUUCGACCAGACAUGAAUGUCUUUGGAAGUUUGGUAAUUUGCACGGCCCUUUUGGGUUUUGUUUUCGCUCUGCCACUGGUAACACGCGAGGAGACUGAUCCUGAAUUGACAGCUGGCUAUGUGGAAGGUGAUAUGAUUUUGGAGGUGAACAGUCGUAAUGGUAUGAGGAAAGAGGUUUAUCGAUGGCCCAACAACACGCUCUACUACAAAUUUCACACUCAAUUCGAUGACGAUCACCGCAGUUAUAUUUUACGUGGCAUGCAAAUCAUCGAAGAGGUCUCCUGCGUACGUUUCCAAGAGGCAAAUGAAGAUCAACCCAAUUUCAUCAACAUAACCGGCUUGUCGGGAGGUUGUUAUUCCACCGUUGGCUAUCGCAACAAAGGAGCUCAGAACUACAAUUUGCAAUUGUAUCCCUUGGAUAAGGGCUGUUUCCGCAUGGGAACAAUUGUCCAUGAACUGUUGCAUACGCUGGGCUUUUACCACAUGCAGAGCAGUGCCAAUCGUGACGAUUAUGUUUUCAUCAAUGAGACCAAUGUCAAGGAUGAUAAAAUGCACAAUUUCAAGAAAUACGAUCUAUCGGCUGUAGAUGAUUUCGGUGAGGAAUACGAUUAUGCCAGUGUUUUGCAUUAUUCCGCCUUUGCCUUCUCGGCCAAUGGUGAGAUGACCAUUGUGCCGUUAAGGGAUGCAUCGGCCGCCAGUGUUAUGGGACAACGUAGGGGUAUGACCCAGGGUGAUAUCAAUCGCCUGAAUCUUAUGUAUCGUUGUCCAGUUAAGGUGUAAAGUAUGAAACAAUUUCCAGUGAAUUGUUAAUAAAUGAGAAAAAAAA